AUGACUCAACCCUCUCUCCCCUCCCCUCCCUUCACCUCCCUUCUCCUCCCCUCCCCUCCCCUCCCCUCCCCUCCCUUCCCUUCCCCUCCUCUCCCCUCCCUUCUCCUCCCCUCCCUCCCCUCCCUCCACUCCCUCCCCUCCCUCCACUCCCUCCCCUCCCUCUCCUUCCUCCCCUCUCUCCCCUCCCUCCCCUCUCUCCCCUCUCUCCCCUCUCUCCCCUCCCUCCCCUCUCUCCCCUCUCUCCCCUCUCUCCCUUCUCUCCCCCCCCUCCCCUCUCUCCCCUCUCUCCCCUCUCUCCCCUCUCUCCCCUCCCUCCCCUCUCUCCCCUCUCUCCCCUCUCUCCCCUCUCUCCCCUCUCUCCCCUCCCUCCCCUCCCCUCCCUCCCAUCCCCUGGCCCAUGGCCCAACAGCAACCAAGAGCCCGUUCCCGCCAGGGACAUUUCUGAGCCGCAUGCAGCAGGGGGGCAGCGAGCUGACUCCUGAGGAGCGCGGCAAGAUGCUGCCGCCCAAAGUGCUGUGCGCUGCCUUCAACGCCGACGGCUCUCUCUUUGUCACUGGCAGCGAGGAUGGGCGCACGCGGGUGUGGGAUGCGCGCCUCCCUGCCCUCGCACCCAAGGAGCCCUCCCAGCAGCAGCAGCAACAACAGCAGGAGCAACCACAACAGGUGCAACAGCAACAAGAACAGCAGCCACAGCAGCAGGAGCAGCAGCAGCAGCAGCAGCAGCAGCAGCAGCAGCAGCAGCAGGGGCCGUGGGCGGCGGGGGUGGGUGCGGGGGGGCGGGAGAGAGUGGGGGUGCAGCACGAGGUGCAGGAGCUGCUGGGGCACCAGGGGUCGGUCAACUUCGUGCAGUUCAGUGGGUGUGCGGGGGUGCAGCAGGAGGUGACGUCUGGUGGGGACGAGGAGGGGAGGGGUGUGGGGGAGAAGGGGAAGGGAAGUGAGGAGGGGGGAAAGCGAAAGGAGAAGGACAAGGAGAGGCGACUCAUCUCCCUCAGCUGCACCAUGCCCUCUCACUACCGCUCCCCAUCUGCGCUUUGCCCUCUCACUACCACUCCCCAUCUCGCCUGCCACUCUCACCCAUCUCUCACACCGCUCUCCACCUGCUUCCCAUCUCCCCAAACCCAUUUGUCCUCUCUCUUUCACCGUCAUCUUCCCCUCCCUCCCCGUUCCUCCCCGUCUCUCCACCCCCCCACCCCAUGGCAUGGCAGCACGGCCAACCGGGGGGGAGUGGAGGCGAUAGUGUCGUGUGCGCGGGACGGUUCGGCCUUCAUAUGGCGCCCGCGGGCGCGCCGCGUGCAUGGCAAGCACCAGCACUGGAACAAGGCGCAGCAGCUCACUGCCCCUCCGCGCCCCCUGCCUGUGCCCACGGGGGCUGCAGCAGGGCAGGGCGCAGGGGGCGGGGGGAGGGCAGGGGCGAGGGCGCGGGCGAGGGAUGCCGCGGGGGCGGCGGCGAAUAUGAUCAUCUGGUCGCUCGACUGCCAAUAUGUGCUGGCUGCCCUCACCGAGCCUCACCCUCUUCCUCUGCUCAUAUCUCUGCCUGUGCGUCGGUCCGUCCCUCCUCCCCCCACGUGGGUGGCAGAUGCGCGCAUCUGUGUGUGGCAGGCAAGCACAGGCGAGCUCAUACACUGCCUCACUGCACACCAGGAGCAGGCGUUCGUGCUGGACGUGCAUCCCACGGACCCGCGCGUUGCCAUGAGCGCGGGGUACGAUGGCCGGGUUAUCGUGUGGGACAUCUGGAAGGGACAGCCAAUCGCCAUCCGCCACGUCACCAAUUUCCAACUCGUCGACGGGCACUUCUCUCCGGACGGCACGGGGCUGGUCGUGGCGGACGAGGUGGGGCAGGUGUAUGUGUUUGCCACGGGGGGCAAGGACCAAUGGGCGCACAUCCACAUGGACCAGUUCUUCCUGGGCGACUACCGUCGCUUCGCCCUCGACUCAUUCCACAAUGCCCUCGAUGAGGAGACGAACGUGCUAACGGAGGAGCGCACGUGGAUGGAUCCGAUAUGCGAUGCGGGCAUGCAGCCGUACCCCGACCCCUACCAGGCGCGCUUCCACGCGCUGCGCUUCGCCCUGCUCGCGCGCCCCUACCACCCGCCCUCCUUCCCGCUCCGGGUGGGGCGCAUAGAGGCCGACGACCUGGCCUUCCAGCCCGUUCCCAACGAGGCCCUCGGCGCCCCCGGCUCCGCCCCCCUGCCCCUCCUGCCCCUGCCUGCUGCUGCUGGCGGUGGCGGGCGCGGGGGAGGUGGGCGGAGGGAGGGCGUGAGGAGGGAGGAUGGAAGGGGGAGGAGGGAAGAGGAUGGGGAGGUGCAGGUGGUGAGUGGGGGCGAGGAGGGGGAGGAGGGGAGGGUGGGUGGGGGAGAAGGGGUUGGUGCAAACGGGGGCGAUGGAAGAAGGGAGAGAGGGGAGGGGAGGCGGCGGGAAAGCCAGCGAUGGGAGCUGAGGGAGAGGCUGCCUGUGAGGCGGUAUGAGGGAUUUGAAGUGACCAUGGGGGGCGAGGAAGAGAGGGGCGAGGAGGAGAGAGGGGAGGACGAUUCAGAGUAUGAAGUGAGUGGAGGAGAGGAGAGGCGCGGAGGGAGUGAGGAGGAGCAGGAAGCGGAGACGGAGGAGGAAGAGGGGGGGCAGGGUGAGGGAGAGGAAGAGGGAGAGGGGGAGGAUGGGCAGGGGACGAGGCGGUCGCGGAGGCUUCUUGGGAAGAGGCGGCGGCGAUGGGGGAGAGGAGGGGAGGGCGAGGAGGACGAGGAGGAGGGGGUUGAGGUGGUGGGGGAGCAGCGGGGGCGGCGAGAGAGGCGGAUGAUUACAAGGAGUGGGCGCGACAAGGGGAGCGGACGGGGGAAGGGGAAGCGGGACGUACAGGGGCGGGGGAUGAGGAUUAGGAGGGGGGUGAGGGGCAGUGCACGCAAGGUGGCGAGGGGAGGUGGAGGCGGGGGGGGCAGAGGGAGAGGGCGGGUGAAGCGUGCAGGGAAGGAGGUGGAAGGGGAAGAAGAGGAGUGGGAUGUAGAACCUUGGGCGGAUGAGAGUGGUGGCCGGAAGCGAAGAUUUGUUGCGGGCGAGGACGAGGAUGAGGAUGAAGAGGAGGAGGAGGAGGGAGAAGGGGAAGAAGGGGAAGAUGAGUGGGAAGAGGAUGAGGAAGAGGAGGACGAUGAGGAGGAAGAGGGGGAAGAAGAGGAGGAAGGUGAGGAGGAAGGGGAGGAGGAGGAGGAGUAUGAGGAGGAGGAGGACGUGGAGCAGUACAAGCGAGUGGGGCACACCUCUAGAAGCCUGGCCACCGCGCCUUAUGCCCACCAGUGGCCGCAUGGGUCCCAGGGUGGGGGAGGGCAUGGAGGGGGGGAAGGCAGUGGGCAUGGGAGGGGGCAGCAGGGCGCGUGGGCAGUGAGGGGCGGGCAGAGCGCCAUCACGCGUGUGGGCGGGUGCGGUCUCAAGCUCAAAAUCAACCUUCGAAACCAGCCCGCUGCUGCUGCCCAUGCUGAUGCUGCUGCUGCUGCUGCUGCUGAUACCAAUGCUGCUGGUGCUGGCGGUGGUGCUGGCGCGUCUGCUGUGUGUGGUGCUGGGGGUGGCAGCGGGGGUGGCAGUGCGGGCAGCUCCUAUGCAGCGCCGCGCGGAGUGACCAAGUCGCAGAUUAAGCAGCGCAUGGAGGCCCAACGCACCCAGGCCGCACAGGCCCUGCAGCAGCACUCUCUUCCCCAGGCACAAGAGGGAGGGAAGGCGAAGGAGGAAAAUGAGGAGCAGGAGGAGUUGGAGGAGGAUGAUGAGGGGGAUGAGGUGGAGGAGGUGGAGGAGGAGGAGGAAGUGAUGGAGGAGAUUGGAUCAGAGGAGGAGGGAGAGGAAGAGGUGGUGGCAGAGGUGGAUGAGGAGAGCACGCCAGGGAGGAGAACGAGGAGCAACAGUCGGCAUGCUGCGAGCCAAGCUGCUCAGUUGAGACCCGCUCAGAUACGACCUGCCCAGUUGAGACCAACCCAGUCAAGGCCCGCACAGAUGAGACCUGCCCAAAUAAGACCUGCCCAGCUGAGACCUGCUGGGAUGGGCGUGGGUGCAGCACGAGGUGAUGCUGCCUUUGAUCGCACCGCCCCGACAGGUGGUGCAGAGGAGGCUUGGGAGGAUGAGGAGGAGGACGAGGAGGAGGACGAGGAAGAGGAAGAAGAAGAGGAAGAAGUGGAGGAAGAGGAAGAGGAAGAUGAGGAGGAAGACGAGGAAGAGGAAGAAGAGGAAGAAUAUGGGGAGGAGGAAGAUCAGGGGAAUUGGAAAGUAGAGCCAAACUGGGGAAAGAGGAAGACGCGCAGGCGCACAUCAGGGGCGAGUGCGCUCCCUGCAGGAAGGGGGGAGGUGCGGGGGGGAGGGGGGGGCGCAAGGCAGUCAGUGCGGGUGGUGGCAGGCAGGGGCGGGGGAAGGGGCAGGGGCAGGGGCAGAGGGAGAGGUAGAGGCAGGGGGAGGGGAGCCGGGAGUGCGUCUGGAAGGGGGGGGCAAGGGAGGGGCGCGGGCGGCAGAGGAAGAGGCAGCAAGGCGCGAGUUGCAGGAUCAGGUGGGGAAGGGGGCAGGGCGCGGGUGGGGUCAGGGAGGUCAUGGGGAGGUGUGGGGGAGAGGGGGAGGCGAGCUUUGGGUGAGGCGAGCGGGGAGGGGCUGGGAGGGGAUGGGGAGGGCAGUGAGGACGAAGAUGCAGAGGGGAUGGGCGGGGAUGAGAGUGAGGGAGAGGGGCAUGCAGGUGGGGAAAGAGGGGGAGGGGAGAGAGGUGAGGGGGGUGACGUGGUGAAGGGAGGGCACGUGUUGAGGGCUAGGACACCCCGGGGGAAGGGAAAGGGGGAAGAGAAAGGAGAGGCGAGGAAGAGAAUUGAGAGACAUGAGAGUGAGGAGGAAGAGAGUGAGGAGGGGCAAGAGAGUGAGGAUGGGCAAGAGAGUGAGGAGGGGCAAGAGAGUGAGGAGGGGCAAGAGAGUGAGGAGGAAAAAGAGCGAACAGCGAGUGAGAAAGGGCGCAUUUCGAAUUGGGUCAUGCAGAGUGCGUCGCUGGGUACUGACGAACGUGCAGCCGUGCGUGGGGUGGGCGCUGUGUGGGCUGUGCAGAUGACGACGAUGCCUGGCGCCCCUCCAAGCGCGCCCGCACCCGCUGCUGACUCCGCGCCUGCCGGCGCUGCUCCUACCACCAGCCCUGACACCGCUGCUGUUGCCGCUAACAAUUCAACUGGCGCUGGUGCUGCUGGGGUCGCUGGCGCUGCUACAGCAGCGGCGCACGGGGGCCUGCCAGUGAUGGUGCCGGCUGGCACGAGGAGGAAGAGGAACGCGCGGGGGACAGCAGUGCAGCGCACAGGCCGCACAGACAGUCUGGGAGGAGGGGGCGUGCAGGAGGCUGGGGGCGGCGGUGGGGCGGGUGUGUGUGCUCUCGCGCUGCUUCUUCCCCGCACAGCAGCGCCGGCUGCUGCUGCGUGUGAGGCUGGUGGUGCAGACAUGGGUGGUGCAGAGAGCGGGGCCAGUGAGGGCGAACACGCUGCAGGACGGCAGGAUGGUGGACGGGCGGAUGAAGGGAUAGAUGGAGGGGCAGGUGAAGGCACAGGUGAAGGAGCAGGUAGUCAUGUUGAGUGCCAGACAGAGGUUGGCGAGGAGAAGGGAGCGACUCGCGAGGAGGAAGGAAAAGGAGAGGAUGUGAGGAGAGAGGGGGAGGGCGAGGGCGCAGAGGGGGAUGCGAGAGAGGCAGGUGCUGGUGUGGCGGCGGGUGAGGGGGGCAGUAAGAUAGAGGAGGGACGUGAUUUUGAGGCAGAGGGGAGUGGAGGGAAGGAUGGGAGGGAUGGGAUGGAACGGGAAGAGCACGAGGACAGUGAGAACGAGCAGGGGAUGCCGAAUGCCACUGAUUGUGCUGCUGGUGCCGCUGGUAGUGCUUCUUGUGCCGAGACUGCUGCUGAUGCUGCUGGCGCGGAUGGUGGUGCGAUGGAGGGCUGUGCAGCAGCAGAGGGUGCAGGGGGUUGGUUGCUGCAGGGUGUUCUGGGGGCGGAGAGCAGGGGAGGCAUUGAGGGCGCAGGGGGUGCGGGGGACGCAGGGGAGUGGGGGGUGCAGGGGGGGGAGAUGAGUGCGCGCAAGGAGGAGCUGUUCGUUGAGCUGUUUGGGGAGGAGGGCGCGGAUGAGGGCGCAGGGCUGCCUGGGGACGAAUUGCUCAGCCCGCUUGGUGCUGGGGCGGGGGGCACGGACGAGGGCGGUGGGGAGGAGGCUGGCAGAGACGAGGGUGGUAGGGAGGAUGGCGGAGGGGAGGUGGGCGUCAAGGAGGAGGGAGAUGGAGGCAAUACUAGCGAGAGGAAUGGGUGUGAUGGAGGGAAUGCGAAUGGGGAGCCAGGGUGUGAGGGGGAGAGCGGUGGCGGGCAAGCAGGGAGCGAUGGUGGCAUGAAGGCGCUAUGCAGUGAAUGGGGCAGCAGUGAGGGGCAGCACGCAUGCGCAGUUGGUGCCCCUGCUGAUGCCCCGGCUCCUGCCAGGGCUGUCGAUGCUGCUGAAGCUAGGGAGCUGGCUGGGGAAGAGGGUGGGAGGAGUGCAGAGAGGGGUGUUGCGGAGCAGCGGUGCGCGAUGGAGGAAGGGCAGGGCCGGGAGGACGCGGAGGGGAACGCGGGGGGCGAGCAGAGAGAGAGGGGCGCAAGUGGUGGCGUGGAUGGUGGUGGCGGGCACAGUGAAGGGGAGAGAAGCGGAUGUGGUGCUGCUGAUGGGGACGAGGCUUGUGGAGGGGGAGGAAGGGGGAAGGGGGAAGCAGAGCAGGGGGUCGAGAGGGGGGAGGGGCAGGAGAGGGAUGGUCUGGGCGAGGAUGGUGGGGCGAGUGGGGAGUAUGAGAGGGUGGGAGAUGGUGGGGCGAUGGGGGCGGAUGGGGGUGAGCGAGCGGCAAAUGGUGAGGCGGAUAUAGGGGGUGGGGUGAAGGAGGAGGGGUGUGAGGGGAACGAUGCGCUCAGAAUAGAGCAAGGGGCGAGGAUGGGCGGGAAGAGAAAGGUGAGGAGGCGAUUGGAGCAUGGCAAGAGAGAGACAAGGGAGGGUGCGGAUGGGGAGAGUGCAGGGGAGAAUGGGAAUGGGAUUGAGACCAAGGCAACAGAGAAGGAGAUUGCAGAGAAGAAAGGAUGCAGCGGUGAGGGUGAGGAGGCAGAGGAGUCGGAGCAUGAUACAAGCAAUGAUGAUGAGGAGGAGGAGGAGGAGGAGGAGGAGGAGGAGGAGGAGGAGGAGGAGGAGGAGGAGGAGGAGGAGGAGGAGGAGGAGGAGGAGGAGGAGGAGGAGGAGGAGGAGGAGGAGGAGGAGGGGGCAAAGAGUGUAGAGGAGGCGGAAGCGGCCGAGGAGGAAGAGGGGGAGGAGGAGGAGAGUGAGUCAUAUGGUGAGUCAAGUGAGGGUGAUGGGAGUGAUGAAAGUGAGGGGAGUGAUGCGGGUGGUGAGAGUGAUAGGAGUGAUGAGAGUGAUGGGAGUGAUGAGAGUGACGCAAAGUGGAGGGAAGGGGAUCCGUACCUGCCCCAGGUGGGUGAUGACGUCAUCUACUGCUUUCAGGGCCACCUCAGCUUCCUGGAAAGUGCUGGGCGCAGCCGCAGCCGGGGCCUGGACGAGAAGCUUCGGAGGAAGCUGCGGCCGGCGGAGCCGUGCGUGGUGGAGGAGGUGGGGUACUACUGGGUGGAGAGCGGUGGCGGGGGGGCAGGGCAGGGGCGGCGAGGGGGAGGCAGGGGGGCGGGGGAGGCGCGGCGAGUGGGGUGCAGAGCGGUGCUGCUGGUGGUGGAGAGUGAGAGCCCGGCGCUUGGGGAGCGGGUGGGGGUGGAGGUGGAGGAGGAGGGUGAGGAGUAUGUGGUGGAACGCUGGCGCUAUGAUGCUGCCCUUGCCAAGGGCUGGUGCCCCAAGCAGCACUGCCUGGCGUAUUGGAGCCGGGAGUCACUGCCACCAGGCCUCAAGCCACCACCCCUGCCGGAGUCAUCAUGGGGCAGGGCAAUGGCAGAGCACCCACGCGCAGUGCUGUUCCGCGGCCGCAUCCAGUCCGAUGGCCCCUUCGACCCCGCCCUGCCCCUCAGCCCUUGGCGCAGGCUACGGGUGUACUACGCGCACGACCGCAGUGUGGAGAGGCAGAGCGCGUGGGAGCUGCUCCACCCCGACCCCGCACUCUGGCCCACCCGCCCCGCGUUGCCUGCUCACCUGCUCAGCGCCGCCAGGGAGGCACUGCGCGCGGUGGAGCAGGACGAGGACGUGCACGGCUCCCUGCACCUCCUCUACUCGCCCGACUCCUCUCCUGCUGCCCUCUCCUCCAUCCCAGUGCCAAUGAGUGUGGCACUGGUACAAGCGCGCAUGGCAUCAGGCUGGUACCGCUCACUCGACUCCCUGCUGCACGACACCAACCUCAUCGCCUCCAAUGCCCUCUCCCUGCACGGCACCUCCCACCCCAUCGCUGCCGCUGCCGCCCACUUCUCCACACAGUUUGCCGCCCGCCUUAAGGCCCUCACUAGUGGAAGCAGGGCGUGA